AUGAGCCACAUAAGCUUUGAAAGUCAUACUGUUGAUCCAUACAAGCUAGAGACUUUUUCCGAUAAAAUUUGCUGGAAAAUUAUGAAACAAAAAACUUCCUUUAAAGACCGAGUCGACAAGAAACAAUUGAAGAAUAUAGGAAGGGAGAUUGCAACCAAAUGUGGAGGUGUAGCUUUAGCUGCCCAAUCACUUGGAUAUACAUUGAACGGCAAGACAUCUGAUGAAUGGGAGUCACUUUGUGAGAAAUAUGUUACACAACUUUUGGGAAUGUCCUUCCUUCAAUAUUCAAAGACAUCUUCGACUAAUGGACAGCAGGACAAAGAUGCAUUUGUCACGAUGCAUGACCUAGUACAUGAUCUCGCAAGAGCAAUCUUGGCCGACCAAGUUAAUGUUAAGGAUAAAUCUGGGGGAAACAAAUGCCGCUAUGCACUGCUCACAGAUUGUACGAAGCCAAUGCAGUUGGCCGUGACUUGUCCUGCAAACUUAAGGGCGCUCCAUUUUCUGAACUGUUGCAGUUUAGAACUUUGCGAUGAUGCAUUCUCACUACCUACGUGCCUCCGCCUCCGUGUCUUGGAUUUAAGUAAAUGCUUUAUUCAGAAGUUACCUGACUCUAUUGGUCAACUGAAGCAGUUGAGGUUUCUUCAUGCUCCACGGAUCUAUGAUAAGAUUCCAAAUUGUAUCACUGAGCUCACAGAGUUAAAUUACCUCAGCCUCAGAGGCUCUUGGUCUAUCUCAGCAUUGCCAGAGUCAAUUGGUGAUAUGAGAGGUCUGAUGCAUCUCGACUUAUCAGGUUGCCACGGAAUAAAUGAACUCCCACUAUCUUUCACAGAGCUCAAGCAGUUGGUGCAUCUGGAUUUAUCAAAUUGCAGCAUGUCUAUAUCAGAAGCUUUUGGUGGCUUUACCAAACUUCAAUAUUUGAAUUUAUCAUGUAGCUUUUAUAUAGAAGCGAAACGUAUCAGGGGGCUGCCAGAGGUCAUUGGCAAACUCAUCAAACUUAGGUAUUUAAACCUAUCAGGAUGCAUAGAGAUCAUGGAUCCAUUAGAAGGCCAAAUUAUUCACGGUUUAUUUGACUCUAUCAGUAUCCUUUCCAAUCUAGAGCAUUUGGUUUUGUCUGGAAGUUAUGUGAGUAUACCAGAAAGUAUGGGCAACCUCAGAAAGCUUCAUACGUUGGACCUCUUAGACUGUGUCAACCUAAAGAAGCUUCCCGGUAGUAUGGUGAAUAUGGUUAGUCUGAAAGUUCUUAUUGGUGUGAGCCGUGCUACACUGGAUAGAUCUUUGCUCUCUCAGUUAAAUGUUGCCUCUCUGCCGCACUUUAUGGUGCAUGCAUCUAGUGAUAAAUGUAGCAGCAAUAUCGUUCUGCUUCAGCCUACAAAUCCUAAUGAGCUUACGAUAGAUAAGCUUGAAAAUGUGAAGUCCAGCGUAGAGGCACAGAGCAUAAAAUUGAUAGACAAACAAAAUAUUAAAGAGCUGACAUUUCAAUGGACCUCAGCUGCUAGUAGGUUUGUGGAUGACAAGGAGGUGUUGGAAAAACUAGUGCCAUCAAGCAGUGUCCAGGAAUUGAAUAUAAUUGGUUACAGAAGUGUCGGCGUUCCUGAUUGGCUUAUGUGUAUUAGUAAUCAUCUCCCUAAUCUUUUGGAGAUAUAUUUGCGUGCUUUUCCUAACUGCAACAACCUACCAGCACUCGGUCAACUUCCAAAGUUAAAACUGCUGAGUCUACUCCAUAUGGAUGGUUUGGAGGAGUGGAACACGGCUUAUACCAGCAGCGAGGGAGGAGCAAAUGAGCACUUGUUCCCGAAGCUUGAGAAGUUGACCAUAAAGCACUGUGCAAAGUUGAGGAUAAAACCAUGUCUCCCUAAAGCUAUGUCUUUGUGCAUAGAAGAUUGUGAUGUUCUGCUAUCAUCAUGGCGGGAGAGCUCGUCACAGGGUGGCGCUUCCUCCUCUUCUCCAGUAACUGAUAUUACUGUUGCGGAGAGUAAGGUGCCCUUGCAUCAGUGGAGGUUGCUUCACCGUCUCCCUGCCCUCCGUAGUUUGAGUAUCAGCCAUUGCAGUGAUCUGACUGCCUCACCUGAGAUUAUCCAAUGCAUCUCCUCCCUCCAUUCAUUAACCCUCAACCAUGCAGAACUGCCAGCAUGGUUGGGUGAACUGACAUCUCUACAGUAUCUAAAGCUGUCUGGGUGCGGAAGCAUGACAUCACUACCACAGUGGUUAGGAGAACUUACAUCUCUCAAGAAAUUUCUGAUCGAAUACUGCAAGGGGAUCAGGUGUUUUCCGGACAGCAUACAACAACUGGAUAAGCUUGAAUGUCUAGACAUUUAUGAAUGCCCUACAUUAGAGCAGUGGUGUGAAUUAGAGGAGAACAAGGUGAAGCUUGCCCACAUAAGAAAGAAGGUCUUCUCAACAUGCACAGUUAAGGCACACGAACUUGCUGCAAGUGGAUCAAGGGUAGACAACAAAGAUCCUCUGUAUAGUGCAGUGAUGAACAUGGCUGGCUUCACAGAGGAAGCUCUGUUGGUUGCCUUGUCUCAUUUACUGGACAGCCAGGACCAGGGCUCGGCAUAUAUGGGUAUGCAAGAGGAGGACCGAGUAUCUUGGCUCAUGAACUUCCUGAGGAAACACUACUAA